CUUACACUUAAUUUUUGUUAAUUUCAACUAUUUAUGUUUGCAUUUGCGUUCUAAACAUCCUACUUGUAAUUCAUAUUCAUAUUUUGGUUCCUUAUAUUUUUGUACAUAUAUUAUUUCUUUGAAAAAGAAAGAAAAUUCAAGAGGGCAUUACAUACGAAUAUUUUCUUAAUUAUCCCUCCCACCCCUUUCUGUGAGAUAUUGUUUGACUUUAUGCAUAGUCCCAAUAUCAGAUCAGGUCCAAUUUCGUUAGAGAUUAGAGAUAAAGAUUACCUUCUAAAUCACGUUGAUUCAGUUUUGAACACCAAAGUCUUUAUUAGAAAUACGCAUGCUUUAUCAUCCAACAAUUCAGUCCCAACAAAUACAAAAAAGCCCAUCACUACUGCCACUACAGUGAAUGUUAUUUGCGCAAAAGUUAACAGUAACCCCAGUUCGCCAACAAUUUCUACUGCUAAUACAACAACUAGUACUACUGCUAUAGCUAAAACUGAACCUACUGAAAUAUCUACUUUUAUCAGAAAAGAUAACGAUACGCAUUAUACUUCAGAAAAUAAAUGUAGAAUGAGCAAUGUUGAUCUUGCAUAUAACCGAACAUUUUCCGAAAACACUACCGCCUAUCGUCGUAGCAAUAACCGUGAUCACCACCAAGAACGCCGCUCUGACCCUUUCACAUACCCUCAAAAUGGUAACCGGUCGUUGUCGUCUUCUGAUGAUGAUGACGACGACGAAGAGGAAGGCAAUGAUGAUAUCACAACUAGAUUGCCCAGUAAUCUGAUGCAAUUCCAUUUUGAAUUUGGAUCGAAGAGGCCGCCGAGAACAACUGUCUUUGAGGAAGAAGAUAACACCGUCUGCUUCAGUGAACAUGAAGAUGAGGAAGAAGAACAAAACAGGAUGAUCAUUGAUAAAGAACUGCUCAUUGGCCAAGAAAAAGAACAAGCAGUAAAAGAUAGAGAAGAAGAAGUUGACAUUUAUGAUUUAUCAACAGAUGAUGAGGAUGCUGAAGAACAAAAACGGCUUGGAGACACCAAAUAUUUUCCGUCUGCAACUGUUGAGGCUAUUCAAACUUAUGAAACAAUCACUGAAAAUAUCUAUAUCGGUUCAGCGACGGGUCGAUCUAUGGCAGAAGAGAGUAUGCCUUGUCAAUGUAAAUAUAAGGAGAACCCAUGUGAUGAUGAUAACAAGUGUAUCAAUCGGAUGAUGUUCAUGGAAUGCAUGGUACAGGACUGUCCUUGUGGUAGAUUCUGUAAAAACAGAAGAUUUCAAUUGGGACAAUAUGCGCCGGUAGAUGUGAUACGUACUGAGAAGAAAGGUUAUGGCUUGAGAGCCUUGACUAAUUUACCGCCUAAUUCAUUCGUUUUGGAGUAUAUUGGAGAAGUCAUACCACAAAAAGAGUUCUUACGGCGUACAAGAGAAUACGAUACAGAAGGAUACAAGCAUUAUUAUUUUAUGACCUUGAAAAAUGAUGAGAUUAUUGAUGCUACAAAGAAGGGUUGCUUGGCAAGGUUCAUUAAUCAUUCAUGCAAUCCCAAUUGCGUAACACAGAAAUGGGUCAUUGGUAAAAAGAUGCGCAUUGGUAUAUUCACAGGUCGCGAAAUUACAGCUGGUGAAGAGCUUACAUUUGAUUACAAGUUUGAACGCUAUGGUGCUACAGCGCAAAUUUGUUAUUGCGGAGAGCCUAAUUGCAAAGGCUAUAUUGGUGCUUCGGCAGCAGAGGUAAGCAUUAUGGAUAACGGCGAAUCGAAAACUACAGCAUUAAGAAUGAAAAGGAACAGAGACUUGAAACGCCGUCAACAAUUGUUACAACGACAACAACAGCGUCAGCAGGACUAUAAUCAACAGCAUUUGAACAUAUUUUCAUCCUCAUCCGAGGACGAAGAUGCCGAAGAGCUGCGAGAAAAGGAUCAAGACGAUGACGGCGACAACGAUAACGUAGAUAGCGAUGAGGAAGAGGAAGAUCUGGAUUCUCAACCAUUGCAAGAUGUUGAUAAAGUGCACAUCUUUGUUAAGCGCAUGCUAAACUCAGUUGGUAAUGCACGGCUUGUAAACAAAUUGUUGAAUCGCUUACAGAUCACCAAUGUGAAAAAUACUCUGGGAAGAGAAAUAUUCAAAUCCAUUAUUCGUUUGCACGGAUUGAAAAUGUUCAAAUUUUGGCUGGGCGAAUGGAAGAAUGACAAGGAAAUUGUUCUUAAAAUUCUCCAUGUGCUUGAUAAACUACCGUUGUCAAAUAGAAAUGGAUUGGAUGAUUGUAAGUUGUUGGAUGUUCUGCAAAAAUUUGUAUACUAUAAUAGCAGUGAUGUGAGCGUGCUCGCGCAACUGUUAUUAGACAAAUGGAAUAAACUGAAAGUAGUGUAUCGUAUACCCAAACGAAGUCAACAUGCCUCUACAAACCACAAUAAUUCAGCCACUGCUACACCAUCAUCAGAAAUUACUCAGCGAACAGAAGACGUUGAAAGGAAGUCGGACGACUUUGACUUUGUAGCACUGAAGGAAGAAGAGCAUUCAAUAACAAAGAAGUUUAGUGAGACAGGAGCUGUACAGACAGCUGUUGACUGCAUCGAAAUUAAGGAUGAGGAAGAAAAGAAGGAGAAAGAAAAACUAGACAUAACAAACGAUCUUGUAGAGGACUCCGAUGAUCAAAGCGAGCCGAUGGAUAUCGAUAUCUCAGACAGUGAGUCAGGUUUCCUUGAAUCAGAUAGACCCAACACUUUCAUCAUUGUUAAAAAUGAGAGCAUAACUUCGCUAUCGAAAGGGGCAAUAUCGAGUACCUCACAAUGUGAGACUCCAUUAUCAGAAGCUCAAUUACCUCCAGCAACAACAGAUUUAAAUAAACUUUUGGCGGACCAACAACAAACAGGGAAUUGUAACUCUAGCUUCGAAACUAUCGUGAAAUCUGACGACAACCCUCAUGGAUCAAAAAAGAGAAAAAACAUCAAAUAUGAAAGCACUAGGGAGUUUUUUGAUCCUGACAAUGACUACUUCGAAUACUUUCCUAUAAAUUCUGCACUUGACGAUUUACCAAAUACACCAAAUAUUGCGAUAAGGAACCGCUCACACCGCCAUGCCUUACAUCUUAGAUCAGCUAAAUAUACCACUGCGCUUACUACAACUAUUACGAAUGCUUCUACUAAUGAGAGUAGUAGUGCUAUUUCUACAUCGGUUAUGCCGACUUCUUCUGUUCCCAAUAAUACAACGGACGGUUCAACAACAACCGGCAAUUAUACCCUACUGCGUCAGCAACAAGCAGCUGAGCAGGAACAACAGUUCUCCGCUUUGUAUAAUAGUACCAAUUAUUCUUACUGUAAUAACAUGUAUUAUUUAGGCACUACCGACAGUAGCAAUAAUCCAGAAGUUUAUUCAUAUUACUUUUAUCACCCUAACUAUGAAGCUCACCCACAACAGACUACGACUUCCAUUCAAGGGACAUUCGCAACACCGACUGUACCAUUAUCAUCUUGGCAGACAGCUUUAACCGAGAACGGGUUACCCUAUUACUACAAUUUACUAACUCACCAGACGCAAUGGAGUAUGCCUGAAGAACUGCAAAAAUUGCAGAACUUGAUACCACCUCCACCUCCACCUCCUCUUCCGCUAACCACCGAUACAUCCUGUUCCCUUAUAAACUCAACAAAGGUAGAGAAAUUGGAGCCAUCUGCUAUUAAACAAGCACCGCCAGUUUCUUCUCAGUCGCCACCAUCAUUGUCUUCUACGCCAGCGAAGUCUUCUGAACUGUUCCCAAACACGCAUGAUAUUUCUUCAAUCGCAUCUAUGACUUUCGACUCCAUUACCUCUGCCAAUGUUGACAAUAGUACGAGUAGCCAUAAUGGUCAUAACGAUCACCAGUUGUUGACACUUGACAGUGGAACCGUUGAAGAAGGUAGUAACACUACAACAUAUCCUGAUCAGCCGACCAUCACCAGCAAUAAUGACGAUACACAUAAGCCUUCCGGUAACGGCUUUUUGAAUGAUAUUGAUUUGAAAAUGGAAAUUGGAAAGGUGGUAACAAAAUACCUCAGUUCAAGGCAACAAGUGCUUUGGAAUGGUGAUAAACUCUUAUUUAAGGAUCUGGCCAGGACUAUUACUCAUUUUCUCGUAGACAGAGAAAUACAAUUGGACAAGAAGAUCAAGUUUCUAGACGCUCAAUACCGCAGCAAAAUCGAAAGAUUCAUUGAUGUUUACGGUUCGGAAUAUGUUGCAAAAUUGAAGCAAAGCUCUAAUAUUGCUUAACCAUUACAAAUAUUGUAAAAGAUUGUAUAUAUUCACAUACAUAGCUCUCAUUAUAUCUAUAUAUCAUAUCCUCUACUAUGCAACUUUCAAUUUUUUUUGAAGAUCUUGCUCGCUCGUUGUGUAUAUACAUAAUAACAAUGAUACCAUCUAUUUUUCCCUCAUUUCUUUAUAGCAACAACUUAUUUGUAAUAAAUAAAAAUUGUUCACAAAACUAUCUAUCAUGGCA